UUGGGUUGGAGGUUUGACAAUCAACAUGGCGGCAGUUAAGGCACUUAACCCAAAGGCUGAAGUUGCGAGAUCAGCUGCGGCGUUGCAUCUAAAUAUCACCGCAGCAAGAGGACUUCAAGAUGUGCUUAAAACAAAUUUAGGCCCCAAGGGUACAAUGAAAAUGUUAGUGUCAGGUGCAGGAGAUAUAAAAUUGACCAAAGAUGGAAAUGUACUACUCCAUGAAAUGCAAAUUCAACACCCUACAGCUUCCUUAAUUGCAAGAGUGGCUACAGCUCAGGAUGAUAUUACAGGUGAUGGAACAACUUCAAAUGUUUUGAUUAUAGGAGAAUUACUAAAGCAGGAUUUGCUUAAUCGGUUCCAUAGUGCCCUUGACAUACGAAGACGUGACCUUAAGAAAUCCAAAGCAAGUUCCUUUUCUCGAGUCUUAGCUCCAAAGAAAAUACCAACAGCGGAAAUUGUAGCCGAUAUUGAAGACGGUAUUUCUGGACUACCGGAAGACGAUAAACUUGUGUUAAGAUCCCAAGUUUCGCAGGUUUUACAAAGAGCCACCGUACCACCUCCAAACUUGCCACAAGCCGAGCUCAGAGCUUUACACAAUCUCCGCAAAGACCAAGACCGACUCGUUAUCCCUGCAGAUAAGGGUAACUGUACUGUUGUCAUGGAUCACAAGGACUAUGACGACAAGGUACAGCAAAUGCUCAAUGACCAAAGAACCUACAAGUUGUUAGAUAAAGACCCUACAAAGCGAAUGGAGAAGAAGCUCAAUGAAAAAUUAGCCAAUCUUAAACGAGAGAACAAGAUCAGUGACAGUCUUUACAAAGGACUUCGCAGUUCUGAUGGACUGCCUCCUCGUUUUUAUGGUUUACCAAAGAUUCAUAAGCCUGGUUUCCCCUUAAGACCUAUUGUUUCGUUCAUAGACUCUCCAAYUUACAUGUUAUCGAAACAUUUGGCGCAGAUCCUGAGUCCUAUGAUGGGCAAGACAGAUUUCACGGUCAAGAACAGUGUGGAAUUUUGUGAACAGAUGAAAAAUGUCUCACUCAAAGAAGAUGAAGAGCUGGUUUCCUUUGACGUUGUCUCUUUGUUCACAUCUAUUCCUGUGGAACUCGCCAUUCAAGUUGCUAAAGAUUUGCUUUCCAAUGACGACACUUUGCAGGGUAGAACCACCAUUCCUGUCAAUGACAUUGUUGACCUGUUGGAUUUCUGUUUGUCGUCAACAAAUUUCAAGUAUAACAACAAUCACUACCAACAGAUCUUUGGUACCGCCAUGGGCUCUCCAGUGUCUGCUGUUAUGGCAAACCUGGUCAUGGAAGACCUUGAAAAACGAGCACUACCCACCUCUCUUUCCCAACCAUGUUUUUGGAAACGAUAUGUAGAUGAUGUGUGUGCCGUUGUUAAAUCCAUCCUGGUGCUAGCCUUACAGAGUCAUUUGAACAAUAUCGAGCCGUCUAUCCAAUUUACGGUUGAAAGAGAAACAGAACGGAAAAUAUCCUUUCUUGACGUCACUGUCUGUCGACAAGAUGAUGGCCAACUCUCCACUAAAGUCUAUCGCAAACUGACACACACAGAAAGAUAUCUCUUGUUUGACUCUCACCAUCAGGCUGUUCACAAAAGGGCUGUGGUCAAGUCUCUGACUGAUUGUGCAAAAGCUAUCCCAUCUUCUGUUGACCAACAAUCAAAGGAAAUGAAACGUGAUCGCAACACUCAGGGCGAAUGGCUGCCCGAAACGCUUUGUUAUUCAUGCAAUAUUAUUCAUCUUAAUCUUGAUGAAUGUUGGCAGAAUGUUUACCAUGCUGCUGCUUGGCUUUUCACCUUGACUUCAAACAAUACUAAUAAUAUUGUUAAAUGUUAUUUAUUGAAGAUUCUAGAGGAAGUUAAAAUCUCAAAAGAAAUGGACAGGGACACCCUGAUAAAUGUAGCAAGGACAUCACUUAGGACAAAAUUGCAUACAGAACUUGCAGAUCUACUUACAGAGGUUGUUGUAGAUGCCGUGUUAGCCAUCCAAAUGCCAGAUAAACCCAUUGACCUGCACAUGGUUGAAAUCAUGCAAAUGAUGCACAAAUCAGGAACAGAUACAUCCUUGGUCAAAGGGCUUGUAAUGGAUCAUGGAGCUCGCCAUCCUGAUAUGUCUAAAAAAGUAACAGAUGCCUUCAUCCUCACCUGUAAUGUUUCUAUGGAAUAUGAAAAGAGCGAGGUGAAUUCUGGCUUCUUUUACAAAAGUGCUGAGGAAAGGGAGAAGCUAGUAGCAGCCGAGAGAAAGUUUACGGAUGACAAAGUACAGAAAGUAAUUGAACUGAAAAGGAAGGUUUGUGAAGGAAGCGAUAAAGGAUUUGUGGUCAUCAAUCAGAAGGGAAUAGAUCCAUUAUCAUUAGACAUGUUGGCUAAAGAAGGCAUUGUUGGACUUCGCCGUGCUAAGAGAAGAAACAUGGAGCGACUUACUCUUGCUUGUGGAGGCAUUGCCAUGAAUUCCUUUGAUGACCUGACACCUGAGUGUCUGGGCCAUGCAGGACUUGUGUACGAACAUGUUUUGGGUGAAAGUAAAUACACAUUUAUUGAAGAGCUGAAAAAACCUCUCUCUGUGACCAUUCUUAUUAAAGGACCAAACAAGCACACUUUGACACAGAUUAAUGAUGCAGUGCAUGAUGGCUUGAGGGCGGUGAAAAAUGCUAUUGAAGAUGGAAGUGUCAUUCCUGGUGCAGGUGCUUUUGAGGUUGCUGUCAAUGCAGCUCUGACAGAGUUCAAGAAGUCAGUUAAGGGUAGAGCAAGGCUUGGAGUUCAGGCUUUUGCAGAUGCACUGCUUGUUAUUCCAAAAAUUCUGGCCCAAAACUCUGGCUAUGAUCCACAGGAGACAAUUGUUAAGCUCCAGGAGGAGUAUGCUGAUGCUAAGGCCCCAGUGGGCAUUGAUCUGUCAAGUGGAGAGGCAUUGUUACCUUCAGAUACUGGCAUAUGGGAUAACUACAGAGUCAAGAGACAGCUUUUACAUUCAUGUACUGUCAUCGCCAGUAACCUUCUUUUAGUGGAUGAAAUUAUGAGGGCUGGUAUGUCCUCUCUCAAGGGCUGAGAGUCUAAAGCGCUUCAAUCAAGUGUUGCCGUUUGGAUAUUUAGCCAUGUGUGAUGGAGUUAUUUUUGCUUUGCUAUGGUGUUACAAUGACGCUGAUGAGAAUUGAGCUCCUCAUGCCAGAGUUCGCAUGAAAUUAAAGAUUGGUUCAAUAAAAUAAUACUAACUUAAA